AUGUCAGGACGCGGCAAGGGAAAGACCGCAAAGAAGUCGGUGUCCAAGAGCACCAAAGCCGGCCUUCAGUUUCCCGUCGGCCGUAUCGCCCGCUACCUCAAGAAGGGCAAGUACGCCAGCCGUGUUGGAGCUGGUGCCCCUGUGUACCUGGCAGCCGUGCUGGAGUACCUCGCAGCUGAGAUCCUGGAGCUGGCAGGCAACGCUGCCCGCGACAACAAGAAGACCCGCAUCGUCCCCCGCCACAUCCAGCUGGCUGUGCGCAACGAUGAGGAGCUGAGCAAGCUGCUGGCUGGUGUCACCAUCGCCUCAGGUGGUGUGCUGCCCAACAUCCACAGCGUGCUGCUGCCCACGAAGACCGGCAAGAAGACCAGCGGAAGCGUCAGCCAGGAAUUCUAG